AUGGAGGAAUUCUCCAAAUUGUUUGUGGGUUCUAUUUUUUUAACAUCUAGCACAUUAUCUCCAAUGGAUUCAUUUGCUCAGGAAUUGAAACUAGACUUUCCAGUGAGGUUGGAGAACCCUCAUGUUAUAAAAUUUAGUCAGAUAUGGGCUGGAGUUGUACCAGUUGGUCCAUCGGGCUACCCUUUCAAUUCCUCUUACAGGAGUCGUGAUACUCUUGAAUACAAGCAAGAGCUUGGUAAUGCUAUAGAUAAGCAGUCUGAGCGCGUGAUUUCAAGGUUUGAUUUCAAUGUUUCAGUCAAUUUUGCUCGAAUUGUUCUUGAUGGGCUGCUUGUAUUCUUUCCAUCUUACUACCUUUUGGACCAAUGCAUUGGGUGCUGGAAGAAAAUGAGUCAUGCAAAUUCAACAACAUUAUGGGAAAGAAUCUGCAGGCAUAAGAAACCUGUUGUAGAACCUAGACAAUCUUUUUUGUUUUCUGAGUCAAUUGAGGAUUACAUGGCUAAGCUGAAGGACUCCUCAACUUCUGGUGCAAUAUUUUUUGAUGUGUGUCGUGGUAAGGUAAGUGAAGGAUUAGAUUUUGCUGAUCACGUUGGAAGAGCUGUAAUCGUCACUGGUAUGCCAUUUGCCACAAUGACAGAUCAUAAGGUUUGAUAUCCUGUUUUCCUCCAAAGUCUUUUGGUACUUGCAUAUAAUGUGUGUCAUCGGAAGUUGAGUUCUUGUUUAUUUUUGCUUUAAAAGUUGCAGUUGGAACUUUAAUUGGUUUAGGCAAU